AUGGAAAGUUUGCAAAUAAAAAGACUAAACACCAAUUGUUUAUCAAAACAAUCGAUAACACAUUUUGAAGAUUUAUCGAAUGAAAUUUUCUAUGAGAUCUUUGGAUAUCUUGAUUACUUUCAUGUUUAUCAAUCAUUUUUCAAUCUCAAUAUACGAUUUCGAAAUUUUCUUACUUGUUCAAAUGUUCUUAUCAAAAUAAAUAUUUCAUCUAUAUCGAAAUCAAAUCUUGAACAUUAUUAUACCAAUACUAUUAUUCCGUAUCCACAUCGAAUUAUUUCACUUUGUAUAACAAACAAAUUUUGUUAUGAUCUUCAUAUUUCACCACAUCAUAUCUUAUCAAGAUUUAUUCGAUUAGAAACGCUUAUUCUCGAAAAUAUUGAUACGAAAUAUCUUUCAAAUAUUUUCAGAGAUAUUUCUACUUUAUCGAAUCUUUCUACACUGGUUAUUAUUUGUCUCGGUUAUGUCAGAGACGCAAAUCAAUAUCUACUUCAAAUAUUUCGUUUGCCUGCAUUGAAAUAUUGCAAAGUUUCGUUACAAGAAAGGUAUCAAUCUAAUCCAUUACCUUUUGCUACAAGUGAAUACAGUCCAAUUGAAUAUCUUGUUAUUAAACAUAAAGUUUAUCUUCAAAAUAUCGAUAGAUUAUUAUCAUAUAUUCCGCAAAUUCGUCGUUUAUCACUUGAUAAUCUUUUAGCAAAUAAUGAAUAUGAAUUAAACCACCCAAUUAUGUUGGAUCAUCUGACACAUUUAUUUCUCAAAUUAGAUCGACUUAGUUCUAAUAAUUUCAAAUUAUUAAUCAAGACUUUUUUUUCUACAAUUGAAGUUUUACAUCUUUCCGUAUAUGGCAAAGAAGAAUAUAUAAAUGCUAAUCAAUGGCAAGAAUUAAUAUCAUCUUCGAUGCCAUUUUUACGUGUUUUUAAUAUUUAUGUAAGAAGUUCAAUUUCAUUAUUAUCAAUGUCGCAAUUGAAUGAAUUCAAAUCUUCAUUUUGGCAUGAUCGACAAUGGUUUUUUACUCAUCAGGGUUACCUGGGCCGUUCCUUCUAUAUACCUACUUUUUACUCAGUAAAUCCUUACAGACAAAAAGAAUAUAUAAUUAGAUGGGACAAUAAGCAGUUUACUGAUUUAACUUAUACAAAAACUGAUCAUACUUCAGUUAAUCAUGUUUAUAUUACAGGUGAACGAUCGAUUUAUCACUCUCGGCUUAAUCGAAUUCCUUCUGAUGAAGGCUGGCUUCAGAACCAGACAUUUCACGUCAAAGGCCAAUCAGUCACUUUAUAUGAUCGAAUAGGUAAUGGAAAAUUUGGCUCUGUUUGGUCAGCUGGAACACGUGAUGGUCAGCAAGUUGCAGUGAAAAUCUAUGAUUUUGGUCGUUCAAAAGAUCAUAUAAAUUCAACGCAACGGUUGGAUUCAUUUAAAACUGAAAUACGAAUGGGUUACAAAAUGCGUCACGAAGUGAAUAAUGCUGUAACUGUAUUCGGAUUUGAUCUUGAUCGACAAAGACAUUUAGGUUUACUAAUCAUGGAAUUGGGAGAAGAAUCAUUAACCGAGAGAGUUAAAAAUCUUCAUACUAUGCAUUCAGGAUCAGAAGCAGAGGGUUACGAUUAUAUCACAGCAACAGCUCGAAAGAAUAUAUGGAUUCAGUUAGUCAAUAUUGCUGUUGCACUUAAACGAAAUAAUAUAGUUCACCGAGAUAUGAAACCAGCUAAUUUAGUAUAUUUUGGUUCAACAUUAAAAAUAGUCGAUUUUGGUAUAGCGUUGGACGAAUAUUCUGGGCAAGAUGGACAUCGUAGAUUAGGUGGUACCCAUCCUUUUACUGCACCCGAAUGUUUCUCAGGUGCAGUACCUGUUACACCAAGAGCGGAAGUAUGGUCUGUAGGUGCUAUUCUAUAUUAUUUGACUUACGGACAAGCACCUAUCUAUGAAACUGCACAACCAAUACCUGGUACUACAAAAACUCGUUCUAGUCUUGUUAAAGAUAUACUUCAUAAUUGUUUUCAACGGAAUCCAUGGAGACGACCAGAUCAUUAUUGGCUUUUGAAUCAUCCAUUAACUAAAAGUCCUGCACUAAUCUAA